AUGAUGAUGAUGCUGGGGAUUUUAGUAGCUGCUGCCGUGUUUCUGGAGGCGGUCUCUGCCACCACUCUCGGGGUGGUGUACACCGAGGGAGGUAUGGUGGAAGGCAAGAACAUUCGUCUUGGGUUCCGCCGUCACAUGGACGUCUUCAAGGGGAUUCCCUUUGCUGACAUCCCUGGAAGAUUUGAGAAACCAAAGCGUCACCCAGGCUGGGACGGUGUUCUGAAGGCAAACCAAUACAGGAAGAGAUGUCUUCAGGUGAACCUCAUCAUGACUGACACCAGAGGCAGUGAGGACUGUCUUUACCUUAACGUCUGGGUUCCUCACGGCCGCUCAGUGUCCUCUGGUCUGCCCGUCAUGGUCUGGAUCUACGGAGGAGGCUUCCUGGCUGGAGGCUCGAUGGGUGCCAACUUCCUGGACAACUACCUGUACGACGGGCAGGAGAUCGCUGACAGAGGAAAUGUUAUUGUCGUGACGCUGGGAUACCGUGUGGGCGCACUGGGUUUCCUGAGCACCGGAGAGCCUGACUUACCUGGAAACUACGGUCUUUGGGACCAACACUACGCCAUCGCCUGGGUGAACAGGAACAUCCGCUCAUUCGGAGGAGACCCCGACAACAUAACCGUCUUUGGCGAGUCUGCAGGUGGAGCUAGUGUCAGCUUCCAGACUCUCACUCCACACAACAAAGGGCUGUUCAGGAGGGCCAUCUCCCAGAGCGGUGUCGCCCUUUGCCCCUGGGCUGUCAACAGGAACCCCCGCAGGUUUGCAGAGGAGGUUGCUCUGAAAGUCAACUGCCCCACCGAUCACACUAUGGCUGCCUGUUUGAAGAUGAGUGAUCCUGCGCUCCUUACACUGGCUGGUUCUCUUGAUCUGUCCAGCUCACCUGAUCGCCCCCUUGUUACAAAUCUGCUCCUGUCGCCUGUGAUUGAUGGGGACUUCUUGCCGGAUGAGCCUUACAACUUGUUCCAUAACGCGGCUGAAAUCGACUACAUUGCUGGAGUCAACAACAUGGACGGACAUAUCUUCACUGGUUUAGAUGUUCCUUCAAUCAACUCCCAACUGGUGGACACCUCUAUCGACGAUGUGAAGAGGCUCCUGGCUUCGUACACUAAAGAGAAGGGCAAAGCUGGUUUGGACAGCGCUUUCUCCACGUACACCAUACCCUGGGGCUCAAACCCCAGCAGGGAGACCAUCAAGAAAACCGUUGUGGAGAUCGGAACGGACUACAUCUUCCUGGUUCCUACUCAGGCUGCCCUCUACCUUCAUGCUGCCAAUGCCACAACUGGACGCACCUACUCCUACGCCUUAUCUGAGCCCAACCGUAUGGGCGGCCUCAUCAUGCCCUACCCCAGCUGGAUGGGAGCCGACCACGCUGAUGACCUGCAGUACGUGUUCGGAAAGCCUUUCGCCACACCACUGGGGUACUGGCCCCGCCAUCGCGACCUCUCUGGCUACAUGAUUAACUACUGGACCAACUUUGCCAAAACUGGAGACCCCAACAAAGGAGAGAGUGUGCCCGCUACUUGGCCCAAAUUCACCAACACUGGACACCAGUACUUGGAGAUCCAUCAUAAUAUGAACAAGAACUAUGUGAAACAGAAGAUGAGAAUGAGAUAUGUGCAUUUCUGGUGCAGCGUCCUACCCAACCUUCCCAUAUCCAUCUAUGAAUAAAGUCCUUGUGCAAUCACCCGUGCACCUGGACCUACAGAUCUGAAGUGUCAAAAAGUACCGGUUCAUAAAACAAUAAAUCAAUGACAAAUACAAA